AGCCGCAGCCACCCCAGUUGAGCCCCAGAAGGUGCCACAGCGUCUCCCCAAGCAGGGCCAGGAGCGGGACUCGGGAGCCCACACUGAGGACCAGGGACGUGUCGUGCCCAUCCGGAUGGAGGGCACAGCCUGGCCAGGGGCAGGUGCGGUGCCGCUAUGGGACAUCCACAGCCAAGUGUUCAUGGAGACCACCCACAGGACAUACGUGUACCAGGCCAGCGAUGCGGCUGCCACAAGGCCCCCGUCCAUGCAGGUCACCAUCGAAGAUGUGCAGGCACAGAGGGGCAGCACAGCCCAGUUCCAGGCGGUCAUUGAGGGCAACCCUCAGCCCAUGGUGACCUGGUACCGGGACGAUGCCCACCUGGUGGACGGCGCCCGGCUGAGCCAGCAGCAGGACGGGACCACCUACUCCCUGGUGCUGAGGGACGUGACCCAGCACGAUGCCGGUGUCUACACAUGCCUGGCCCGCAAUGCUGGCGGCCAGGUGCUAUGUAAAGCAGAGCUGGUAGUCCAUGGGGGAGACGGCGAGCUGGAGUCGGAGAAGCAAAGUUAUCGAAGGAAACUGCACUCUUUCUACGAGGUCAAGGAGGAAAUUGGAAGGGGCGUGUUCGGCUUCGUGAAGAGGGUGCAACACAAGGGAAACCAGAUGUUCUGCGCAGCCAAGUUCAUCGCCCUGCGGAGCAGGACGCGCACACAGGCGUAUCGCGAACGGGACAUCCUGGCCACGCUGAGCCACCCUCUGGUCACCGGGCUGCUGGACCAGUUUGAGACCCGGAAGACCCUGAUCCUUGUGCUGGAGCUAUGCUCAUCAGAGGAGCUACUAGACCGUCUGUUCAAGAAGAAUGUGGUGACAGAGGCUGAGGUCAAGGUCUACGUCCAGCAGCUGGUUGAGGGGCUGCAAUACCUGCAUAGCCAGAGUGUUCUCCACCUGGACAUAAAGCCCCCCAACAUCCUGAUGGUGCACCCUGCUCGGGAAGACAUUAAAAUCUGCGACUUUGGCUUUGCCCAAAAAAUCACCCCAGGAGAGCCACAGUACAGCAAGUACGGCUCCCCAGAAUUUGUGUCCCCAGAGAUCAUCGAGCAGACCCCUGUGAGCGAAGCCUCCGACAUCUGGGCCAUGGGGGUCAUCUCCUACCUCAGCCUGACCUGCUCAUCCCCAUUCGCUGGUGAGAGUGACCGGGCCACCCUCCUGAACAUUCUGGAGGGGCGGGUGUCCUGGAGCAGCCCGGCAGCUGCCCACCUCAGUGAUGAUGCCCGGAACUUCAUCAAGGCUGCCCUGCAGAGGGCCCCCGAGGCUCGGCCCAGUGCAGCCAAGUGCCUCGCCCACCCCUGGUUCCAGAGGUCCGUGCCCGCGGAGGAGGCCCACUUCAUCAACACCAAGCAGCUCAAGUUCCUGCUGGCCCGCAGCCGCUGGCAGCGCUCCCUGAUGAGCUACAAGUCCAUCCUGGUGAUGCGCUCCAUUCCGGAGCUGCUCCAGGGCCCGCCCGACAGCCCGUCCCUCGGGGUGGCCCGGCACCUGCGCGGCGACGCCAGCGCCUCGUCCAGCAGCUCGUCCUCUUCGUCUGACGACGAGCUGGCCCCCUUCGCCCGGGCCAGGUCGCUGCCGCCAUCUCCGGUGACGCACUCGCCGCUGCUGCACCCGCGCGGCUUCCUGCGCCCGUCCGCCAGCCUGCCGGAGGAGACCGGGGCUUGCGGGCCCGCCGCGCCCGCGCCUCCGCGCACGCCGCCCGUGGGCGCCCCGGGCUGCGUGCCCCGGCACAGCGUGGUCCGCAGCCUCUUCUACCAGCAGGCGGGCGAGGGCCCGGAGCGCGGAGGCCCCGCCUCGGGCGGGCGGCGGCACCCGGCCCGGCGGCGGCACUUGCUCCAGGGCGGCUACUUCGCCGGCGCCCUGCCCGGCCUGCGCGAGCCGCUGCUGGAGCACCGCGCGCUGGAGGAGGAGGCCGCCCGGGAAGAGCAGGCCGCCCUGAUGGCCAAAGCGCCCUCCUUCGAGACCGCCCUGAGGCUGCCGGGCUCCAGCGCCCGCGGGGCACCCGGCCGCAGCCGCUCCCUGGAGCUUGACCAGCCACACGCCGCAAGCUCCUCCACGGAGGCCUGUGGCGGAGGGCAGUGCCCCGGCCCGGCCCUCUCGGGCCUCCAGGCGGGCUCAGGGGAGGGCUGGCCAGGAGGGGUCACCUGCGCCAGGGAGAUGGAGCAUCUGGAGGGAUCCCAGCAGGGGCCGCUACUGUUAAAGUCCGUCGGUGGCGACCUGGGGUCCACUGGGCAAGAGGGGUCCUGUGAGGACAGCUGUGGGGGGCAGCCCGCCCCUUCCUUUCAUCCCUUGGAAGGCCGUGGCCCCCAUAAGACUGUUACACCACAGCCUUCUGGCUCCUUCCCUUCAAAGCAGUGCACGGGUGACCUGGCACACUUGAGCUCCUUCCUCUCUGGGGAGCCAACAGCCCCCAUCUCCCCAGCCCAAGGAAGCCCCCAGCCAGGCUCUAAGAAGGGACCAGAGCACACUCCUCUCCCUGGGAGGCCGAGUCUUCCUAGAGCCCCAGCACUGGCCUCCCCAGUGGGCACGGAGCCUGGCCCCUUACAGGAUGCGGAGGGCCUGGCCGUGGAGCCGGAGGACGCAUCAGAGGUCGAGGCCAGCCCACAGCGGCCUCAGGAGCAGGCCACCACACGGAAGUUCUCCGUGGGGGCGCGCCGUGGGGGCUAUGCAGGAGUGGCAGGCUAUGGCACCUUUGCCUUUGGCGGGGACGCGGGGGGCAUGCUGGGGCAGGGCCCCCUGUGGGCCAGGAUGGCCUGGGCCACCUCUCAGUCCUCUGAGGAGCACGACGAUGCUGGGGCGCAGAGCCCGGCACCUCAGGCCAGCGCGGCACCCCCUCCUGAGGGCAGUGGGACAGCCCUAAGGGCCUCCCCGGAGCUGAGCACAUGGGAGGACUUCGGUGGGGGCUCCCAGGUGUCCCUGGUACAGAUCCGAGACCUGUCUGGGGACUCGGAAGGGGCCGACACGGUGUCCCUGGACAUCUCCGAGGUGGAGCCUGCCUAUCUCAACCUGUCUGACCUCUACGACAUCAAGUAUCUGCCCUUCGAGUUCAUGAUCUUCAGGAAAGUCCCCAAGCCUGUGCAGCCAGAGCCCCCACCGUCCCCUGAGUCUGAGGCCGGGGAGGAGCUGGCGGAGUUCCCGGAGGCUGGGUGGCCUUGGCCGGGUGCCCUGGGCCCACCGGCCAGCUUGCAGGUCGCAGAGGCGCCAGAGGACGUGGAGACCCCGCUCAGGGAGACUGUGGGCAGUAGGAAGCGCAAGUGGUCAGCCCCCUCGGGUGGCCUCUUCCACGUCCCGGGGAGGCACACGCUGCUGGAGGAACCCGUGGAGCUGGGUCUGCGCCGGAGGGUGAGGGCCUCCAUGGCCCACAUCUCCCGCCUGCUGAAGGGCAGGCCUGAAGGUCUGGAGAAAGAGAGCCCCCCCAGGAAGAAGGCAGGCCUGGCUUCCUUCCGGUUGGGCCUGAAGAAUAGGGACCGAGCACCAUCAUUUGUAAAGGAGCUUGCAGAUGAAACAGUGGUCCUGGGCCAGUCCGUGACUCUGGCCUGCCAAGUGUCGGCCCAGCCAGCUGUGCAGGCCACCUGGACCAAAGACGGGGCAACCCUGGAGAGCACCAGCCGCAUCCUCAUCUCCUCCACACUCAAGAACUUCCAGCUUCUGACCAUCCUGGUGGUGAAGGCCGAGGACCUGGGGGUGUACACGUGCAGUGUGAGCAACACGCUGGGGACAGUGGCCACCACGGCUGUCCUCCGGAAGGCAGAGCGCCCCUCGUCUUCUCCACGCCCGGACAUCGGGGAGGUGUAUGCCGACGGGGUGCUGCUGGUCUGGAAGCCUGUGGAGUCCUAUGGGCCUGUGACAUACAUUGUGCAGUGCAGCUUGGAAGGCGGCAGCUGGAGCACACUGGCUUCUGACGUCUUUGACUGCUGCCACCUCGCCACCAAGCUUUCCAGGGGUGGCAUGUACACUUUCCGGACGGCCUGUGUCAGCAAGGCAGGCAUGGGACCCUACAGCAGCCCCUCAGAGGAAGUCCUCCUGGGAGGGCCCAGCCACCUGGCCUCGGAGGAAGAGAGCCGCGUCCUGCCGCCGGCGCAGCCCCUCCGCAGCACGCAGACCUUCGCCUUCCAGACGCAGAUUCGAAGGGGCCGCUUCAGCGUGGUGCGGCAGUGCCGGGAGAAGGCCAGCGGACGCGCGCUGGCCGCGAAGAUCGUGCCCUACCGCCCCGAGGACAGGACUGCAGUGCUGCGCGAAUACGAAGCCCUCAAGAGCCUGCGUCACCCGCACCUGGCCCAGCUACACGCCGCCUACCUCAGCCCCCGGCACCUGGUUCUCAUCUUGGAGCUGUGCUCGGGACCCGAGCUGCUGCCCUGCCUGGCGGAGAGGGCCUGCUACUCAGAAUCGGAGGUGAAGGACUACCUGUGGCAGAUGCUGAGCGCCGCCCAGUACCUGCACGCCCAGCGCAUUCUGCAUUUGGACCUCAGGUCCGAGAACAUGAUCGUCACCGAGUACAACUUACUCAAGGUCGUCGACCUGGGCAACGCCCAAAACCUCGCCCAGGAGAGGGUCCAGCCCCCCGAGAGAUUCAAAGACUACGUGGAAACCAUGGCUCCUGAGCUCCUGGAGGGUCAGGGUGCCGUCCCGCAGACAGACAUCUGGGCCAUAGGCGUGACAGCCUUCAUCAUGUUGAGCGCGGAGUACCCCGUGAGCAGUGAAGGGACACGUGACAUGCAGAAAAGCCUUCGCAAGGGGCUAGUCCGCUUGAGUCGCUGCUAUGCGGGGCUGUCCGGCGGCGCCGUGGGUUUUCUCCGGAGCGCUUUGUGCGUUCACCCGUGGGGCCGGCCUUGCGCGUCCAGCUGCUUGCAGUGCGCGUGGCUAACGGAGGAGGGCCCUGCUGGUUUCCAGCCCGCGGCCGUGACCUUCCCAACUGCGCGCCUGCGCGCCUUCGUGCGCGAGCGAGAGAAGAGGCGGGCGCUGUUGUACAAGAAACACAACCUGGCCCAGGUUCACUGAGUACCUGGCCUGGCAGAGAGGAUGCGUGUGUGGGGGGAGGGUGGGGAGGUCGCCCUCCUGGGCUUCGCCCCCUCGUGUUCCCUCUAGGACUUGCUGUAUACACACCGACACACCAAUAAAAAGCAGAACCGGAUGGUGUUAUCUGCUUGUUUGUUUUGUUCGGGGAAGGAGGUGAGGGUCCUGCCACCUCUCCUGGGGCUCCUGGAUGCUCAGAGGUGCGUC